AUGACUCUACCUAGCAGAGAAGCUCCAGAACGAGAAGCUGCCAUUGAAGAAACACACGUUCACCAAGUCUACAACAAGAUUGCCACGCACUUCUCCAAUACACGCUACGCUCCAUGGCCCGUCGUCUCUGACUUUUUCAAACGACAAAAGCCUGGCAGUCUCGGCUUGGAUAUCGGGUGUGGAAAUGGGAAAUACCUCGAUAUCAAUAAAGACUUGUACAUACUCGGCAGUGAUCGAUCAGAGUCCCUUGUCGAUAUCGCAGCACGUCAACGUGGCUUUGAAGUACUCGUCUGUGAUGGUCUGCAAACGCCAUAUCCGACUGGUCGUUUUGAUUUCGUCAUUUGCAUCGCAGUCAUCCAUCACUACUCGAGCCCUGCGCGGCGCGUAGAAGCGGUCGAGCAUAUUUUGUCGUUACUAGCACCAGCGGGUGAAGCACUUCUCUAUGUUUGGGCCCUAGAGCAGAAAGCGAGUCGACGCGGUUGGGAUGAGGGAGAUCCGCAAGAUGUCAUGGUGCCUUGGAAGACGGUCGAGGAUGGCAAGGAGGUGGUGUAUGAGCGAUACUACCACCUUUACAAGGAAGGUGAUUUGGAAGCCGAUGUAGCGGCUGCUUCUGGCAAGGUCAAACAGUCUGGCUAUGAUAAGGAUAACUGGUGGGUCGUAGUAGGCCGGUGA